CCUUAUUCUAUAAAGAAGUCACACUUUCCCCCCUCAAAUACCCGCCUCUCUCACACGCAUAACAUACAACUUUUCUUUUUCUCUUUUCUUGUUCUUGUUCUUGUUCCCCUUGUUGAUAUUCUCUGUUAACUUUGAGGGACUAGUAUAAGAAGGCAAUGUGGGAUGGUGGGGUUGUAGGCUCGAUUUGGAGUUUGAAGUCUGCCUUCCUUCCGGUACCCCAACUCUUGUUGUUGGUUUUCAGGUGCUUUUGGGACUAAUUGGUUGCCUGUUUUUGAGGAUGAUGGAGAAGCUUAAUUUUGUAAACAACGGUGUGCUUAGAUUGCCUCCUGGAUUCCGUUUCCAUCCUACUGAUGAAGAGUUAGUCGUUCAGUACUUGAGAAGAAAGGUGCUUGCUUGGCCCUUACCUGCCUCUAUCAUACCCGAAGUUGAUGUUUGCAAAGCAGAUCCUUGGGACUUGCCAGGUGAUUUGGAGCAAGAGAGGUACUUCUUUAGCACAAGAGAAGCCAAGUAUCCCAAUGGGAACAGGUCCAACAGAGCCACGUUUUCAGGAUAUUGGAAAGCCACAGGAAUUGACAAACAAAUUGUAAGUUGUAGGGGCAACCAAGUAGUGGGUAUGAAGAAAACUCUUGUUUUCUAUAGAGGAAAGCCCCCACAGGGGACUAGGACCGACUGGAUCAUGCAUGAAUAUCGCCUUGUUACCGCUGACACCUGCAAUGCCCCACAUAAGAAGAACCAAACUCAGAACCAUGUCGUGGCAGUGGAAAAUUGGGUGCUGUGCCGCAUAUUUUUGACGAAAAGAAGUGGUGGUGCUACUAAAAACGAGGAAGACAGUCUGCAAUCUAGCAACGAGAAGGGAGUUGGUAAAGCAAGGAGAAAGAGCCCUGUUUUCUAUGAAUUCCUGAGCAAGGAGAGGACGAACCUAAAUCUUGCCCCAGCAUCCUCCUCAUCUUGCUCCAGUGGGAUCACACAGGUUUCAAAUAAUGACACGGAUGACCACGAAGAAAGCAGUAGUUGCAAUAGUUUUCCUUAUUUCAGAAGAAAACCUUAAAAGCCGCAUUCCACAAGUACCUGAUAUCAUAAACCUGAGAGGUUAAAAAGUGGGACAUGGAGCACUACAUGAUUGCCAAGUGGAUGCUAGACAGACUUAGGACGGCUUACAUUACAUCUUGAUUUUCAUCCAUCAUUGACUCAACAAAUAAAAAAAUAUAUGCCGACCAAAGUUGCUUGUAACAAUGGUUUUACAAUCAGCUCAAGCUGUUGGGAGUUCUUCACGACAAUUUUGUAUACGUAAAUAUUUCAUUUUCAUGACAAAAGAGAAAAAUAAAAAGAAAAGAAAAAGGUUAAGCCAAAUAUUGAACAAAA